UUGUCUCUACAGACCGUACAGUUUGUUCAGGGGAUUUUCGUGGAGAAAUAUGACCCGACAAUAGAAGACUCGUACAGAAAGCAAGUGGAGGUGGACGGGCAGCAGUGUAUGCUGGAGAUUCUGGACACUGCAGGGACGGAACAAUUUACAGCCAUGAGAGAUCUGUACAUGAAGAACGGCCAGGGCUUUGCCUUAGUAUACUCCAUCACAGCCCAGUCCACGUUCAACGAUCUGCAAGACCUACGAGAACAGAUCCUCCGAGUCAAAGACACUGACGAUGUUCCGAUGAUUCUGGUGGGUAAUAAAUGUGAUCUGGAGGAUGAGCGUGUUGUGGGGAAGGAACAGGGACAGAACCUGGCCAGACAGUGGAGCAGCUGUGCAUUCCUGGAGUCCUCCGCAAAGUCCAAGAUCAACGUCAACGAGAUCUUCUAUGACCUGGUCAGGCAAAUCAACAGGAAAACCCCAGCGCCAGGCAAGGCACGCAAAAAGUCCAACUGUCGGCUCCUCUAAUAUACACAGCCGCUCCGUUGCGCUGAGCCAGGUCUGAUUUGCUGCUGUCUCUCUCAGCAGUGCCAGCAUUCCGACGUUACUAAAACCUAACAUCGAAUGGACUUUCCUGUGUGGUGACGCCCCUUUAACAACAACAACAAACAAACAAACAAACCGACCAACGGAUUCAAAGCUACAAUACAUCAGUUUUUGCACAUAGAUUAACCAUUAUCACUCUCCAGUGUCGCGAGAACAAGAUUUCUACUUAUAAAAAUAUAUAUAUUCUAACUGUAUGCAACUGAAAUGGAAAAAAAUUAAGUCAAUAAAGUAAAUUUAUAAAUAAAAUAGGUAAAAUCAGUCAAUAUGAAUCAAAAAUAAAUCCCGAUCCCUACACAGUGUUAUUGCUAAUGGAGACAGUAACCGUAGCAACGGAUGUCUAACCAGAAUGUGCACGUUGCCGUGGUGAGUAGCUACAAUGAUGCGGUAUUUAUAAGCACCACUAUUUUAGCCGGAUAAAUAAAAGAGAAUGUUCCAGAGAGCGCCUAUAUAGCCCAGUUCAUACUGCUAACUUGCUCCUGUCGUUUCUUUUCUAACUUUUUAUUUGUGCUUUUUUUAAUUUUCCUUCGAUCAUUCAACAUUCAUUUUUUCUGUCUUUUUUAAAUGACUAGAUUUGUCUCUACGGAGACAUGCUAUACUGCGCCAGCUAUUGAUAUGAGUUUUAUUUUGAGGGGUAAACCUGUGAAUCCAACAGUGAUUAUUAUAUGUGAGUUUUAUUUGAGGGGUAAACCUGUGGAUAUUAUAUGUGUAAAAAGAAGAAAAAAAGUUUAAUGUUUUUUCAGUCACUAUCAUAUUGUCUUUUUAGCCUAAAUAUAUUGCCUUCAAAUGUGUUUUUUUUUUCUAUCUGGAGAAUCCAACUAUGAUCCAAUCAUCCUUCUAUCUGGAGAAUCCAACUAUGAUCCAAUCAUCCUUCUAUGUCAUGCCUGGGUUUUGUUGUGUGCGUCUGAAAUGGCACCCUAGUGCACCACCUUUGACCAGAGCCUUAUGGGUUUCCCUAUGAGCCCUGGUCAAAAGUAGUGCACUAUAUAGGGAAUAGGGUGCCAUCUGGGAGGCGGCCCUUGUGUUGUUUACAAAGAUGUUUGUACAGUGGGGUUUUUCAAUUGGGGUUGUGGUCAAAGAGGUACUGGACAUUUUAACAAGCCACCCAAGUUCUGAGACACCAAUGGCCGACGUGACUGCGCGAUCCUCAUCAGGUUUUUUUUUUCUUUAUCCUUCCAAGGCCGUCUCUCAUUGGUUGGUUUGUCCAGUUAGCCAAUACCCUCUCACGGAAUCUGCGAUCUACAACAGGAAGUAUAGAUUUUUUUUAAAUGAGGGUUUUUAAUAUGAAACAAAUAAACAACAAAAUGUCA